UGUGCGCGGGUAGAUUUUUAAAAAUAAGUAUGGCGGAUAUUAAUUCUGGAAAGCAAUCAGAAAGCAGCUGCGACAGCUCUGCUGAACACCAGAAGGUCCACGAUGAAGAAAAGCCUCAGCAGGGACUCAAAAGAGUUUGCCCUGGGAGUCCAAGCCCAGCAGCUCCUCACCCCAAAUCUCCCUGCAGACACACUCCUGCCUCCACCACCACCAACAUCCAGAUGUCACAAACAACAGACAUACAGAUGAAGCCGUGUUCUGGAGAAGAGGGGCAUGGAAGGGAUCCUGAGGAGGGUGUUGUAACAGAGGGUCGAUCGUUGAGCCCCAGCAGCACGCAAAGGAAAUCCUGGAGGAGGUCGGCCAGGGACCGACGCUCUCUCCCUUCCCUCCCCAACACCUCCCAGACUAUAUGCAGGUCAAUCAGCCAAUCCCUACCAGAGGAGGAGAGGCUAGAGAAACUGAUGGAGGCUUCUAUGAGGCUGGCAGUCAAGAAGUUACAAGACUCACUGAGCACGACACCCAACGGCAGUUUAAAGUCACUUCAGACACAAGUGGAGGCUGUACAGAAGGGGUGGUGUUGCCUGGCCAAAGAUCUACGCAGUGAGCUGCAGUGUCAGCAACCUCCCACUAGCACAGCCAGUGACACUGCAAUGCAGAACACCAUGGAGCAGACCAGGAAGGCUAUACACAGGCUGCAGGCUGAGAGUGCAUCUUGGAAGUCCCUGUUAGACAAGCACCGGAGUAAAGCUGAAGAAUUGGCCAGGCAAGUGGAGCAGUGCAAGGAGAAGGGGGUGACGUUAGACUCUAGCUGCCUGGCCCAGUCCUCACAGAGCCAGCUCAUCCAGAACAAACCUGAUUACCACAGCCUGCUCUGCAGACAGCAGCCUGUACUGUCCACUAUGGACAUGGUGAUGGACACCCAGUGUAAGAUGGUCAGGGAGCUGCUGUCCAUACAGGAACAGUCUCAGCUACUGGUGAAGGAGACAAGCAGCAGAUUGGCGGCUGAUGUGGGAUUCCAGGAUCUCUCCUCUGACCCAGUCAGGGAUCUACUGGCAGGACCCAUAUCCUCUGUAUCAACCAACACAUCAUCCACCGUAUCAUUCUAGUACCUCUGUUUCAGGGUUAUCACAAUACAGUAUCAUGGUACAACCAAACUAGAUUUUUCAUGGCAAAAAAAGAGAACUAAGCAAACUGAAUUCUUGCUUUGUACAAGCAGGACAAAGCACACCUUUAAUAGCACAUACUCUAUUGUGACCUUUGGUCUCGUCCAGGUUCACUCAAUGAAUGACCUAUGAGAAAGAUCAGUCUGGCUUUUUCUGUAUUUCCGGUAUUUAUGUCAUGUCUUAACUCUGUACCCAUGGCUCCCUAACUUAGCUGUUCUCUGUGGUGCCUUGUUUGGUUGUGUUUGUAAAUAAGUCUAUGGUAUCUUUCUUCAUGGGAUGAAUGUGGAUUAUUUCGGCUAUAACUUUCUAUCUAUUCUAAUUCUAUUCCACCACUAUACUAUUUGGGUCCUCCCAAAUGGCACCCCAUUCCUUAUAUAGUGCACUACUUUUGACCAGCGUGCUAUGAGUCCUGGUCAAAACUAUUACUCUGUAUAGGUUAUAGGGUGCCAUUUGGGACGGAGGCCAGUCUCCCUACAAAACGUAUGCUGUUGGCCACCAGAGGGCAAUCUCACCCUUUAUUUAAAUAGCUAAUGAAUAUUUGCCUACAGUAAAAGAUGUAGAAAAUAUUCACUUGCAGUGGAUGCAUUUUGGGGUUAAUUUGUAAGAUACUUGCUUUCCUUUAUUUUCCUGUAGAUUCGUGUCUGUUUUUCUUGUAAAAAAAAUGUAUGAUUUCAAAAAAUAUAUAUUAUUAUUAAACAGUAAUUAUCUGAA